UAUUGGGCAUUGGGAUUAUUAGAAUUCCUAAUUUAUUUUUUGAAAGUAGGAAUUUUAUUAUCUAAAAUGUUAUCUGGUUCAUGUAUUACAGUUUCAUUUCUUUAUAAUUGGUGAGUAAGAGUCUUUUGACGAUCCCAAAAUGAGGAAACAUUCUUACUUCCUAGAAGAGUUCUAUUUCCAAAGAAAUUUUUCACUAAAGGCAUAGGGAGGUGGGAGAGCUUACAUGGAUAUCAGAGUACACGUAGUGUCCAACUUAUAACAGCAGUCUGUUCUGACCCUAUAGGACAGGGUAGAACUACUCCAGAGGAUGUAUAUCAUUAUCUGAGUUUUUCUGUAUUAUUUCAGAUUACAUUUAAUCUCUUUCUUUUCAGUCUCAGUGCAUUUCUACCCAAAUCCCAUUGUUCAAUUUUAUUAUAGUAAUUUAACAAAUAGGCAUAAGUUUAAUGGCAAAAUGUUAGUGACAUUAAAAAAUAAAAUAAAUCCAUUGCUGUCAGUUCCAACUCAUAGCGAUCCUAUAGGACAGAGUAGAACUGCCCCAUAGUGUUUCCAAGGCAGUAAUCUUUAUGAAAGCAGACUGCCACAUCUUUUUCCUGCUGAGCAGCUAGUGGGUUCAUACCGCCAACAUUUUGGUUAGCAGCAAGUGCUUAACCACUGUAUAAUCAGGGCUCAUUCAUUAAGUGAAGAAUAAUUAAGAAACAGGAAAAAAUUGGAGUUUUUAUGAAUUCUCUCUAUUUUCUGACAAGAGUUGUUUUAUUUUUCCUCCAUCUUUCUGGGUUAUGAUUGUUUGACUUAGAACCCAUAAAUAGCAUCCAACAAUUUGGUUUUGUCUCUAAGUUACUGAGAUGAUAUUGUCUGUAAUUUGAGUCACAAGUUCUUUUGCCUAAAUUUUAAGCACUAUCACUAUCAACUAUGUAGUCACCAAUUGUUAAAGAAAAUCAAAUCUAUGUUAUAAAGGAUAUUUCAAUUAUGAAGGACCAAGUAUAUUCAAAACAGUUUUGUUAACUUAUAUUUUAUUCUGUAUCAGCCGAGUGGAAUGAGCAGUGGACUCGGGUGAGGUGAUGACUGGGAUUCUAGUCUUCAAUGAGCCACACCAAGCAAGCAAGUCACUCAGUUUCCUAAUCUGCGUAAUACUGUACAGGCCAUGUACCUAACAGAAUUCUUCUGACCAUCGAAUGAAGUAAAGGCUACAAAAGUGCUCAACAAACUCGAAAGGGCUCCAAAAUAUUAGGUGGUACUUUUCCUGGAAGAAGUUUAUUUUGAAAAGUUUGAACAAAGAGAUUGGAUAAUAGUAAUGAAUAACACAAUGUGGAGUGGCCUCUUCAUUCACUUAACAGAAUCUUGGAAUAAUUUUAAGGGCCUAGAUCCAAAUUAUACAACAUGGAUGGAUGUCAUGGAGAAGCAUGGCUACCGAACACAAAAAUUUGGAAAACUGGAUUAUACUUCAGGACACCACUCCAUUAGCAACCGUGUGGAAGCAUGGACAAGAGAUGUUGCUUUCUUACUCAGACAAGAAGGCAGGCCUAUGGUUAAUCUUAUUCCUAAUAAGACUAAAGUAAGAGUGAUGGAAAGGGACUGGACAAAUACAGACAAAGCAGUAAACUGGUUAAGAAAGGAAGCCAUUAACUAUACUCAACCAUUUGUUCUUUACUUGGGAUUAAAUUUACCACACCCUUACCCUUCACCAUCUUCAGGAGAAAAUUUUGGAUCUUCAACUUUUCACACAUCUCUUUACUGGCUUGAAAAAGUAUCUGAAAAUGCUAUCAAAAUCCCAAAGUGGUCGCCUCUGUCAGAAAUGCACCCUAUAGAUUAUUACUCUUCUUAUACAAAAAACUGCACUGGGAAGUUUACCAAAAAAGAAAUUAAGAAUAUUAGAGCAUUUUAUUACGCGAUGUGUGCUGAGACAGAUGCCAUGCUUGGUGAAAUUAUUUUGGCUCUUCGCCAGUCCGAUCUUCUUCAGAAAACUAUUGUCAUAUUCACCUCAGACCAUGGAGAGUUGGCCAUGGAACAUCAACAGUUCUAUAAAAUGAGUAUGUAUGAAGCCAGUGCCCAUGUUCCGCUUUUGAUGAUGGGGCCAGGAAUUAAGGCCAACCUACAAGUAUCAAAUGUGGUUUCUCUCGUGGAUAUUUAUCCUACUAUGCUUGAUAUUGCCGGAAUUUCUCUGCCUCAGAACCUGAGUGGAUACUCUUUGUUGCCAUUAUCAUCAGAAACAUUUACGAACGAACACAAAUUCGAAUACCUACAUCCACCCUGGAUCCUGAGUGAAUUCCAUGGAUGUAAUGUGAAUGCUUCCACCUACAUGCUUCGAACGAACCAAUGGAAGUACAUAGCCUACUCUGAUGGUGUUUCAGUGUUGCCUCAACUCUUUGAUCUUUCCUCAGAUCCAGAUGAACUAACAAACAUUGCUGCAGAAUUUCCAGAUAUUACUUAUUCUUUGGAUCAGAAGCUUCGUUCCAUUAUAAACUACCCUAAAGUUUCUGCUUCUGUCCACCAAUACAAUAAAGAACAGUUUAUCAACUGGAAACAAAGUCUGGGGCAGAACUAUUCAAAUGUUAUAGCAAACCUUAGGUGGCAUCAGGACUGGCUGAAAGAACCAACAAAGUACGAAAGUGCAAUCAAUCAGUGGCUUAAAAACCCACUAAUCCAAGAGUUUGAACAAAAAUAAGGAAAUAAUGUUCUGUAGCUACUUAUCAAUAUGCUAAAAGAUCAUAAUCAAUCAAUGAUAUAUUUUAAAUACUAUAGUUCUAACAUUACUGAUUUUUAGUAACUUUUAAGGAAUUUAUUAUAUUUUAAAACAAAACAUUGUAUUUUAAAACAAAACGCCAGUGAUUGAAGAAUUAUAUACUUUCAAAAAUGGCUACUAUUAAAACCUCAUUCUUAAAAAUUUCUAACAACUUCAUGAAAAUAUUAAAAGGUUGGGAGCAGCUACUAUCAUAUAAAGCUGUUUUCCUCUGAAUAAUAAUAGAAUAUCGUAAGACUUAUGGAUUAUUACACAUGAGCCAUAGAAUAAUUAUUUUUGAGUAUUUGACGGGACGUAGACAAUGUACACAACCCCAGCAGUGACUGACUUUAUUAUUAUUUUUUAAAAUAGGUAUUAUAUGCACAAGGUACAUGCUUCAAAAAGGUACAAAAAGGUUAACACUGAGCUUGAAGUCGCGCCCAUUUCCCAGUCCCCUGGCCACCAAGUUCCCCUCCUCAAAGGCAACUGUUGUAUCCUUCUUAUAUACACAUUUUAAGCAAACAUACGUAUUAUUUUUUCCCACCUAACAGUAUAAAUGGAAACUCUGGUGGCGUAGUGGUUAAGUACUACAGCUGCUAACCAAGAGGUCAGCAGUUCGAAUCCACCAGGCGGUCCUUGGAAACUGCGUGGGGCAGUUCUACUCUAUCCUAUAGGGUCGCUAUGAGUCGGAAUCGACUUGACAGCAGUGGGUUUGGUUUGGAACAGUAUAGAUACCUAGAAGUGGAAUUGCUGGGUCAAGAGUAUAUCUAGCAAAAUUAUGCUAAAUAUUGCCCAGUUACCUCUAAAGAAGUUAUACCAAUUUAUACUGCCACCUGCAGUGCAUGCCUUCACAUCCUUACCAAUGAAGUAUAUUACCAAAAAUGUUUAUCUUGGAGGGUUCUGGACAGAGCUGGAGAAAAAUGUAGAACAAAAUUCAGACUUACUGGUCUGACAGAGACUCGAGUGAAUCCCAAAACUAUGGCCUCCAGACACCUUGCUGACUCAGAAAUGAAGCCACUCCUCAAGUCCACCAUUCAGCCAAAGAUUAGACAGGCCUAUAAAACAAACAAAAACACACGUGAGGGACGUGCUUCUUAGUUCAAUCAAGGAUAGGAGACCCAAUGGGCAACACCUGCCCAAAAGCAAAAAAACAAGAAGGCAGGAAGGAACAGGAGAACUGAAUGAAUGGACACUGAGAACCCAGGGUGGAGAGGGAAAGAGGGCAGAGUGCCGACUAAUUGCAGGAAUUACAACCAAUGUCACAAAACAAUUUGUGUAUAAAUUUUUGAGUGAGAAACUAAUUUGUACUGUGAACUUUUACCUAAAACAAUUUUUCAAAAAAGUUUACCUUUGCCAACCUGAUAAUUAUUAUUUUACUGUAGUUUUUAUUUUUCUUAUUAUGAGUAAGGUAAUCAUAUUUUCAUAUAUUUAAUAGCCACCAGAAAUUCCUUUACCAUGACCUUUCCUGUUUCUUUACCUAUUUUUCUGUUAAAUUGUUGGUCUUUUUUUAUUACAAGAACACUUUAGAUAUUAGCUCUUUGUGAGAGAAGCAUAUAUGUCAUCUUGAGAACUAAGGUGCACCUGACCCAAGCCAUGGUGUUUUCAAGUGCCUCGCAUGGGAAAGCUGGACCGUGAAUAAGGAAGACCAAAGAAGAACUGCUGCAUUUGAAUUACGGUGUUGUCAAAGAAUAUUAAACAUACCAUGGACUGCCAGAAGAAUAAAGUCUCUCUUAGAAGCAAGUACACCGAGGAUGGUGACAUUUUGUCUAACAUACUUUGGACAUGUUAUCAGGAGGGACCAGUCCCUGGAGAAGAACAUCAUGCUUGAUAAAGUAGAGGGUCAGUGAAAAAAGAGGAAGACACUCAACGAGAUGGACUGACACAGUGGCUACAACAAUAGGCUCAAACAUAUCAACAAUUGUGAGGAUGGCACAGAACUGGGCUGUGUUUAGUUCAGUUGUACGUAGGGUUGCUAUGAGUUGGAACUGAUUCAAAGGCACCUAACAACAACAAGAGAAGCUGCAAAUAUUUUCCUUUCCAGUUCAUCAUUUUUAUCAUUUGUCUUUUGACUCCGUUCUUGUGGUUUCUGACAUGCAGAAAUUUGUAUAUUCAUGUAGUCAAGUUUAUGAAUCUUUUUUGGCUUUUAUGGCUUUGCUAUUUGUGUCAUGUUUAAGCUAACGGUCUUCACUACUUGUCAGCUUCUUUUACAGUUUUAUUUUUUACCCUUAAAUCUUUGAUCCAUCUGGGAUGUAUCAAGUAUUAGAGAUCAAUUUUGUUUGUUUUUAAAGAUGGCUACACAGUUCACCUUUUAUCGAGUAAACUCUUUUUUCCCAUUGGUUUGAAAUAUCACUUUAUUAUAUAACACCUUUUAUUGAGUAAAUUAUCUUUUCCCCCAUUGAUUUGAAAUAUCAUUUUAUCAUAUACCAGAAUUCUAUUUACAUUUGGGCCCUUUCUGAACAUUUUUUCACUGGACCAGUCUGUUUUACUUAUUAUAACUUUUAAUAUGUGUCAAUAUCUGGUAGGACUAGUCCCUUCUCAUCAGUUUUCUUUUUCAGAAGUAUCCUGGCUAUUGUUGCUUCCUUAUCUUUUCCACGCAAAUUUAGAAUCAGUUUGUCUAGUUCCAAAAAUGAAUAAUCCUGUCAGUGUUUUUAUGAAAGUAUUUUUUUUGUUUUGUUUUUUUUGUAUUAAACGUAUAGCCUAGUGUAGUGAGAGUGGAAUUUUUUAUUAUAUUCAGUCACUCUAAGUAAAAAUAUGUCUUUCCCUUUAAGUUUCUUUUAUAUCGUCCCCAAUAGUAUAUUAAGUUUUCUUCAUACAGAUUUUUGACAAGUAGGGUCCUUUAAAAAAUACCACCUAGGCCCCAUGUCCUAGUGGUACAACAGUUCAGCACUCAGCUGCUAACCAAAAGGUUGACAGUUGAAACCCACCUAGUGGCCCUGCAGGAGAAAGACCAGGUGAUUUGCUUCCAUAAAGAAAACCCUAUGGGGCAGCUCUACUCAGUGGCAUGGAGUUGACAUGAGUUGGAAUGGACUCAGUGCACCCAACAACAACAGCAAGACCCUACCCCAAGCCAACUGAAUUAGAACUUCUGGGGCUGGGGCCUGGGGCCUGGACACUGUUUUGAUAUUACUGUUAUUUUGUCUGUUGAGCCCUCCAGUUGAUGAUCCUAAUGUGUAGCUAGAAGUUAAUUUAUUCCUAUUUGUUUUUUCAUCUGUUGUUAAGUGGAUCUGUCUUCCCAUAUGUCUUCUGGUUGUUUAUAUGUGCAAAUUCUGUUUCUGUAUAUUUAUUUUGUACGAAAACACUUUAGUGACUUAUUCAUAAUAAUUUUUCAGUUGAUACCUUACAUUUUCCAGGUAAAAACCUCACCUGCAAAUAAUUAUCUAGCUUACUUUUUUCAAACUGUCUUUAAAAUUUUCUUCAUGUGCCAAUUUGGUGCCUUUAUUUGGUUUACUGCUCUUCAGUAAGCUUGAAUGAACUUAUCUUUAUAUUUAUGUAUGAAUUUCUGAGAAAUUUCUGUGCAUGAAUAUAUUGUGAAGUAAAAACCUUAAGAGAAAUAUCUCAGAUCUCAAAAUUAAAGUUAAAAUUAAAAUAUAUAAAUCCAUGUCCCAUCUCCUGAUUAAAACUAAAGAACAUAAAAUUAACUAAUGUGUGAGUCUGUAUGCUAACUUUCAGAAUAAAAUAAAGCAAUAAUCGUUCCAAAAGUAUAGG